AUUGAUGCAUUCUAUUAAAAUUGGUAGACCAAAACAUUCGGGCUGAUUUUGGCCUUCUUUCUGAUAUUUAUUUAUCUCCGAAACUUUUGCUUCUUAAGUCUGUCUCUCUCUUCUAUCAGAUUCCACACUAAUCGGAAAAAAUGGCACAGAAGCUUAACUUGCUUAAUCUCGCCGUCCCUCCGGUCACCCACCGCUCUAACUUCCCUUCCACCUUCACCUUCGGCGUCGCCACUUCCGCUUACCAGAUUGAAGGAGGUUGGAAUGAAGGUAAAAAGGGACCAAGUAUAUGGGAUAAGUUCACUCAUAUCGAAGGGAAGAUUCUUGAUGGAAGUAACGGCGAUGUUGCUGUGGAUCAUUACCAUAGAUACAAGGAAGAUGUUGAUCUUAUAGGACAAUUAGGAUUCGGUGCUUACAGAUUUUCUAUAUCUUGGUCUCGAAUUUUCCCUGAUGGCCUGGGAACUGAAGUCAAUGAAGAAGGCAUUGCUUUCUACAACGAUCUUAUUAAUACACUUCUUGAAAAAGGUAUUCAGCCGUAUGUAACUCUGUACCAUUGGGAUCUCCCAUCACAUCUCCAGGAAGCAAUCGGAGGUUGGACAAAUAGGAAAAUUGUCGAUUAUUUUGGCCUCUAUGCAGAUGCUUGUUUUGCCAAUUUUGGUGAUAGAGUGAAGCACUGGAUCACAUUAAAUGAACCUCUUCAGACCUCGGUGAAUGGACACUGUAUUGGUAUAUUUGCACCUGGAAGAAAUGAGAAGCCCUUGAUCGAACCAUAUUUGGUCUCACAUCAUCAGGUUCUGGCCCAUGCAACUGCUGUAUCCAUAUAUAGAAGCAAGUACAAGGAAAGUCAAGGUGGACAAAUCGGUUUGUCAGUUGAUUGUGAAUGGGCAGAGCCAAACUCUGAGAAACCAGAAGACAAGGUUGCUGCGGAUAGGCGAAUUGACUUUCAACUUGGAUGGUUCUUGGAUCCUUUGUUUUUUGGAGACUAUCCUGCAAGUAUGCGCCAGAAACUUGGAGACAAUCUUCCUAGAUUUACUCCGGAAGAAAAGGAGUUUAUGCUUCAAAACUCAUGGGACUUCCUUGGCCUGAACCACUAUACGUCGAGGUUGAUUUCUCAUGUCUCAAACAAAGAAGCUGAGAGUAACUUUUACCAAGCACAAGAAUUGGAGAGGAUUGUUGAACUGGAAAAUGGAGAUUUGAUAGGCGAAAGGGCUGCUUCGGAUUGGCUUUAUGCUGUGCCUUGGGGAAUCCGAAAGACAUUGAAUUACAUGAGCAAAAAAUAUAACCACCCUCCAAUAUUUAUCACUGAAAAUGGUAUGGAUGAUGAAGAUGAUGGAUCGGCCUCUAUUCAUGAUAUGCUUGACGAUAAACGUAGAGUUGACUAUUUCAAGAGUUACCUUGCCAACGUCUCCCAGGCUAUUGAAGACGGAGUGGACAUAAAGGGAUACUUUGCGUGGUCGCUGCUGGACAACUUCGAGUGGGCGCAAGGGUACACCAAGAGAUUUGGUUUGGUAUAUGUAGACUACAAGAACGGUUUAACCCGUCACCCAAAAUCAUCUGCUUACUGGUUCAUGAAAUUUCUGAAAGGUGAUGAAGAAAACAAAGGUAAGAAGGAAUGAAAAAAGGAUCAAAGAAAACUAAAGCUACUACAGCAUUUUACAUGAAAUGUGUUGUGAUGUUAUAAUUUUUGUACCAAAUAGAUCAAUUAGUUCAAUAACAAACCAAAUCACUUGGGGUGCUCUUUGGUUUUAAACUCAUAUUUUGACUAAGUGUUUCGUAUUACAUCGAUUUUCUUCUUCUUACCUAUCGAAAGAGUUACUUAAGAGUUCAAUAGUGAAUAUUGAAAGAGUUACUUUAGAGUGUCUUAAACGAUGUAUUAGAGUUAGACUGGUUUAACAAUGUUUGAUAGUGAAUAUCGAAUUUAGCCAAGAAGAAGGAAUCGAAGUCCAUGUGUGGAGGUUCUUGGAUAGUUAGAGAUCACACAUGUUCGACUUUGUAUCACGCUAGAGAUGUUCGACUCUCCAGUUCUAAAAUCGAAUUGUAGCCAAUUUCUCUGGUCGUCACA